AUGGAUCUAUCCAGUCGAUUCAUGUCGUUCAUCUUAUUUCUAAUAUCUUUAAAUUUAGUUUUUGGAUCAAUUAUAGUAGUAAAAAAUGAAUCAGAAAUUGACUAUCCUGAAAACUUAGCAGAUGACUCCAGCAGAUCAUUACUGAGUGAAACCACAAUUGCAACAAGAACAGUAGCGGAAGAAACAUUGGAAGAGCUUGUUGUAAAGCACGAGAACCUGAAUAGAGACGAAACAAUCAAAAUAACAUUAUACUUUGCAGCUUCUUAUAUAGUAAUGAUUGCAAUCAUCAUAACCAUUGCAUACCUGUACACACGUUUCCUAAAACGGUGAGUUUUGUUUUAAAAACUACGUUUUCUGUAAAUUUCACUUUUGGGAUAAAGCAGCGAGUUGCAUUGUAAAAUA